AUAGAGGAUCCUAGGUACGGCUUCGAGGUGAAGCAAAACUCAGAUACAACGAGCUCAUGCAGCAUUGUGCGAGCCUUGCCUAGUCCAAUCAAGCGCACUAGCGAGGCAACGCUGUUGCCUAAACAUUGACACUUCUCCAGACUCAGCCUUAGCACUUGUAACCUCUCCAUCUUUCCAUCGCUACUAUGCUCACUUAUCGAUACCGACCAUUAGAACAUGAUGACUCUUUUCGGAUCCUCGUUAUAUUUCCAAGUCUGGAUAGUUCAGACCCAAUCAGAUGCACGAUUGCGCACGCGCAAUUGUCUGACGAGUCUUUCGAAUACGAAGCAGUGUCCUACACUUGGGGCGACGCCACUGAAACGCAGACAAUUUACUUCCCCUCCGCGGAACUGAAUGUCGGGCGAAAUUGUUACAACGCGCUUCGGCGCCUGCGAUGCAAACACCAAGACUGUUUGCUGUGGAUCGACGCUAUCUGCAUCGAUCAGAACGAUCUCCAGGAGCGAGCCUGUCAAGUUCGUAUGAUGGAAAAGAUCUAUAAUCGCGCAUCUACAGUGUUGGUGAUCUUACAGGAACCGAAUGCGAACAGCGAUGCGCUGUUUGAACAGCUAAAGAUUGGGGACGAAAUGAUAUCGCUUGUAGGACGCUGGGUUCGAGAUCCACCAAGUGAUCACAUCCUCAAAUUGCUAGAAGAUUUGUGGCGAGAUCCAUGGUUUACAAGAGUUUGGGUUCUACAAGAAGUCUUUGCCAAAACCACUGUCUAUUUCAUCUCCGGCUCCACCUGCUUCUCAUACGACAGUCUGGCGCAACUAUAUACAUGUUACGGUGGGACUAUAACAACUAGGACUUACUGCCCCCGAGCCCUUCAGUGGAUAAGACUGCCACCAGGAAACUUUUCAACACCGCAGUUCAACUUGUGGUACUUGCUAAGCGAGACGAGGGAUUACCUGGCGACCGAUGCCAAAGAUAGAGUUUUCGCUCUGAAGUCGAUGUUAGGCUCCGCACAAUCAGAGAUGGAUUACUUGAUCGACUACACGCACAGCUUGGAGGAGUGUUAUAAACGUGUCGCCAUGUUUCUAUUACCUGUGCUCGGGCUUCGAUUACUCACGGCCGUCCGGCACACACACGACAAGAAGAUGCCUUCAUGGAUCCCGGAUUGGUCCCAGAACCUCCCAAUACACCCAACAUAUCCUGAAGAUGAAGAUAAGCUGGGUACUUCUGAUGAACAAAAAUAUACAAUACGCUCUUCCUUACCCAAUAGUAACGGUACCGAUAUGGAACUACUUGUCACGGGUUGUUGUUAUGCGCGAAUAGUCGAAAAAAGCCAGUCUUUCUAUUUCAUUGAUGUAGACGACGCUGAACGACAAAUGAAGAAACUGUACUACAGCAUCAUCCCCAGACAUGACGUCGACCCAGAAGAUAUGCAGGAUGAUCCUACUGUGCUUGCCCAUUUAGGGACAACUGUCUCAGAUGCUAUGUCGUCUAUGGAUAGCGGGCAGCUUCAUACAUUCCUGACUCGCUUUGGUGCAAUACAUCUGGGGGAUCGCCACAGCUUUGCUCGUGAAGAGAUUGAUGGAUUUUCAAACUCACUUCAGCAAUGCAGAAUAGGCCUGAUGGAUAACGGCGAGUUGGUCAUCGUGCCGGAAGCUAUACGAUAUGGAGAUGUCAUCGUCAUUAUAUCAGGAGCUAUAGUAGCUUGCGCUUUACGAUGUUCUUCGGAUGGGAGCUGGGCACUCAUAAGCGGUGACUGCCAGAUGUCCACAGAAAAGUUCAGGAGUCAACGAGACAGGUCUUAUUUUAUGUGCGACGAAUACGUUGCAUGCCAUCAGGAUAGACUAGAAGAGUUCAGGCUGCGUUGAUGUAAUCAUAUCUACCAACAACCAUUUCAAUUGACAGAGCUCUCCGCGUUGGUAUGGGAAUAGAGGAUUCCAGUCUUCACGCCGAUAAAGUAAGCAUCGAAAGAUGGAAAAGUGUAGCAAGGAUUACUUCCAUCG